UUUUGUAAUUUCGUAAUAAAAUGUGUAAUAAUGGAAAGCAGGAAGCCCAGUUCAAAUGAUGUGAUAGUGCCAGAAUUGUACUUUCUAAUAUCAAAAUUUCUGACUGCGGGACCACUGGAAGAGACGGCAAAGGUACUGAUACAAGAAUUGGAGCAAAAGAAGGUACUGCCGAGGCGCAUCGACUGGCUGGGAAAUGAGCAUGACCAGACCUUUGCAGAAUUGGAGCGAAAAUACGAGCACAUAGGACCACAUCAUCUGCUAGAAAUAUGCAGUCGCCUGGGCCCGCUGGUCGACAAGGAGCUGGCGCCAAGCGUGCAAGGCAUAAAUUCCCUCCUUGGCACAGGUCGUCAAAAUUUGUUGCGCACAAAGGACACGGUCUACCGCUAUCGUACACUGAGGGAUUACUGCACAACGUUGCACGGCGUCUCACUGCCCGACUCGACGCUCACCAAGCCCACACACAAUUUAACCCGGGUAAUCAUCGGCCGGGAACAUGGUGGGUUGGUGCGUCGAAAGCUGCUGGUGCCCACAGAGCUCUACCGCAAGAUGAAUCUGCUGCGGCGCACCGUUGGCCACUUGUCAUCGGUGUAUUGUGUGCUUUUUGAUCGCACUGGUCGCUACAUUAUUACCGGUGCCGAUGAUCUGCUCAUCAAGAUUUGGUCCGCCGCGGAUGGGCGUCUGUUGGCUACGCUGCGCGGUGCAUCCGCUGAGAUAACCGAUAUGGCCAUCAAUUUGGAUAACACAAUGUUGGCCGCUGGCUCAGUUGAUCGCAUUUUACGCGUAUGGGAUAUGCAGACAACGUCACCUAUUGCCGUUCUUACCGGUCACACGGGCAUGAUAACCUCUGUCAAUUUUUGCCCAUCACCGCGCAGCGAUCUGAAAUAUUUGGUGACCACCAGCACUGAUGGCUCCAUUGCUUUUUGGCAAUACUCGACGCCACGAGGCCAAAAAAUAACAUUCGCUCCGAGGCCCACGCAGUAUCACGAGAAGCUUCGCCCAGGUCAGGCGCAAAUGAUGUGCACUACUUUCUCGCCGGGCGGCAUGUUCCUCGCCGCCGGUUCAGUGGAUCAUCAUGUGCGUGUCUACAUGAUGGCCGAGGAUGGGCCCAAGCGCAUACUGGAAACUGAGGCCUAUACAGAUGCCGUAGAUUCGGUGCAGUGGGCACAUCGCGGUCUGCGUUUCAUAUCCGGCAGCAAGGAUGGCACAGCACACAUCUGGACCUUUGAGUCGCAACAGUGGAAAAGCCUUAAAUUAUGCAUGACCGAACGAAAGCCAAGUUGCCCGGAGCCGGAGGAGGGUAAGAAAUUAAAGGUUACCAUGGUAGCCUGGGAUGCCUCUGAUCGUUAUGUCUUUACGGCUGUUAAUGAUUAUACUAUUAAAGUUUGGGAUUCGAAAUCAGCCAAAUUGCAUCGCGUGCUACGUGGCCACAAAGAUGAGCUGUACGUGCUGGAAUCGAACCCACGGGAUGAGCAUGUGCUCCUCUCUGCCGGCCAUGAUGGCCAAGUAUUUCUCUGGGAUAUUGAGCAGGGCGUGUUUGUUGCUCAGUUUUUCAAUGACAUCGAUGGCCAAGGCCAUGGCAGUGUGUUCGAUGCCAAGUGGUCGCCGGAUGGCACAAUGAUAGCAGCAACCGAUUCACACGGCCACAUACUAAUCUUCGGACUUGGCAUUGGCACCGAGAAGUACAAAUUGCUACCCACAGAGCUGUUCUUUCACACGGACUUCCGACCGCUUCUACGAGAUGCUCAGCAGCAUGUUGUUGAUGAACAGACACAGAUAAUGCCGCAUUUAAUGCCACCGCCAUUUCUGGUCGACGCCGACGGUAAUCCGCAUCCGACCAGGUAUCAACGUUUUGUACCCGGUCGCGAAAGUUGUAGCACCGAUCAGCUGAUACCCAAUCUAAGGGUGGGCAUCGAUGGCGUUGUGGUCGAGGAUAACAAUAUAAACGCACCACCGAAUGCAGCACCAGCUGGAGCCGGUGCUGCUGGCGCCGUUGGCGGAGUUGAUGCAGCCGCUGCAGCUGGUGCAGGCGGCAAUUAUUCCCAUAUUGAUCGCAUGAUUGCUGCACUUGCCAAUCGUCGGGGCAACAGUGCCAACAAUUCCAAUGCCAACGAUGCCAGCAAUGCGAAUCAGUCGUUUGAGCGCCUAAUCAUGCGCCAAGGUCAGGAUCAGCUGCCCGAUUCGAAUUCCGCACGCAAUGCGCCACAACGUGGCAAUGUGCUGGGCGGACGUCGAUCUCUGGCAGAUAACACUCCACGUCAAGGUUGGGCAGCUGCACUGCCAGCAGCACCAGAUGUGGGUCAACAGCAGGCACAAGGAGAACAAGCGCUUCAGGCGCUGCCAGCCCAACAAGCACUGCCAUUAAAAUUCGUGCGUCGAACCUAUGUGCGUCCCAUGAGAUACGCCCAGCUGCAGAACCUUAAGCAGACCAUCUACUCGGCUGGCCAGUACGAAACGCAGGAAUACAAGCGUGAGAUGCGCCGUCGUCCCAUAAUGAUAAAUACGGCAAGUGCCGCAUCGGCGCAGCUGGCGGGCGUGGGCAGGCCACGGAAUACACGCGCCAAUGGCGGUGGACGACCGGGGCGCCGACGUGGCGCACAGUCCGGACAACAACAGCAGCCGGGUGGACAACAGCCGGCGUAUCGGACGCGUGCUGUGCGCGAUCAGGAGGAGCACUACGAUGAUGCAGCUGCUCCCAUUCCGGAGGAGGAGGAAGAUGAUAGUAGCAAUAGUUCGGGCGACACCAGCUAUUCGAACGUCGAAGACAAUCUAGAGGAUAGCAGCGAUGAAUCGGACACGGAUAGCUCCGACUACUCCGAUUGGGUGGCGGAUACACCCGGACCAAAUCUCGAACCACCGAAACGCUCCAAGCGUAAGCCUCUUUCGCGUCGUCGCACUAUUAGCGAUGACAGCAGUGACGAUGCGGCGCCAGGCCAGGCAGCGGCCAGUAGCAGAAGACGUGGACGCAAGCGUGUGCUCAUUCCUCCAACUGCACCCAACGGCGAAAUCCCAGAGAUUUAUCGUCCAGCCGAAUGGCUGUCGGAGGUGGUGCCGCGCAAGGCGCCCUACUAUCCUCAAAUGGGCGAUGAGAUUGUAUACUUUCGUCAAGGGCAUCAUCGCUAUCUGGAGGCAGUGCGCCUCAAAAAGGUCUAUAAACUGUCGCAUAGCUCGGAGCCGUGGAAUUUCCGCACACUGCGCGAUCAUGAGCUGGUCCGCGUGAUUGGCAUCAAGUAUGAGAUACGUCCGCCACGGCUAUGCUGCCUCAAGCUGGCGAUCAUCGAUGAUGAGGGCAACAUGACGGGGACCACGUUCAAGAUCAAGUACCAUGACAUGCCCGAUGUCCUCGACUUUCUGGUGCUGCGUCAGACCUUCGAUCUGGCUGUGCAGCGCAACUGGAGCAUUGGUGAUCGCUUUCGCUGUAUGAUCGACGACGGCUGGUGGAUGGGACAGAUUGAGUCGCGUCAUGCGCUCAGCCCCGAUUUUCCCGAUUCGUUUUUCAUGUGCUUCCGCGUUCGCUGGGAUAAUGGCGAGUACGAGUACAUGAGUCCCUGGGAUAUGGAGCCCAUCGAUGAGCAGCGGCUGCCAGAUGAAGUCGGCGGCGCUGUGCCCGUAUUGCCGGAAGAGAUACGCGCCACACUAUAUCAGCCAAAGUCCGAGGAGUGGCAUCGUGGCGAUCGCGAUGGAACCUGCCGUCGCAUCAUACUUGGACUCGAGCAGGUGAUGCGUUUAUCAAUAGCGGAACAUUUUCUGGCACCAGUCGACCUUAACAUUUAUCCAGACUACGCCUAUCUAAUUGAGUAUCCCAUCGAUUUAACAACGGUCAAGUCGCGUUUCGAGAAUCAUUUCUAUCGCCGCAUCACAUCGGCACAGUUCGAUGUUCGCUAUCUGGCCACCAAUGCAGAGCAGUACAAUCGCCGGCACACCAGCAUUGUGAAACAUGCUCGGAUUGUUACCGAUCUAUGUUUGCGUAUAAUCAGCAGGGAAGCGGAUGAGAUAGAUGUGGCAGCCGUUUAUCAUCAGCUGGUGGACGUUUAUCACUCAUCGACGACGGAGAAUGAGGCUGAUUCGGAUGUUGUACCAUCGACUAGCACCGGCCCAACCACCUCAGCAGCUGCUGCACGUCAGCGUGUUUCGUCGACUCGACGCUCGAAUCGCACGCGAUCAGAUGGCGACUGGCGCACCGAUUGCCGACAACUGUUGGAUCUGAUGUGGCAGCGGCCGGAUUCGCUGCCAUUUCGUGAGCCAGUCGAUACCAUUGAUUUCCCAGAUUACUUGGAAAUAAUUGCCACACCGAUGGACCUGCGUACAGUCAAAGAGGAUCUGCUCGGUGGAAAUUAUGAUGAUCCACUAGAUUUUGCUAAGGAUGUGCGCCUCAUUUUCCUCAAUUCGAAGAACUACAAUACCAAUAAACGCUCUCGGAUCUAUGCAAUGACGCUUCGCUUAUGUGCACUCUUCGAGUCGCACAUCAAGACGGUGAUCAGCAACUGGAAGGCGGCGCGCAGACGUGCUAAUAAGAACAAAUCGGGCAGUAGUGGACGCGGGUCGAGCAGCCCCAGCAAACGAAUGCCAACGGAUCGUGCCACACGACGUACACAGAAGCCGACAGCCGCUGCCAGAAGAUUGCCAGUGCAUACUAGCGAGGAGGAGGACGAUGACGACGACGAUGAUGACGAUGACGAUGUGUCAGCGCAGCAACAGCAGGCGUCACGUGCCACGCAACGUGGUGGCAGACGUCGGAAUGGCGUUGCCGUUAGUGCCACCACGAGCUCAAAUCGGGUGACAUCCUCAUCGUCAAAUGCACAGCAGCGGCGUCACGAGAUCAGCACCAAUUCGGAGAGCGAUGAGGAGGAGGAGGAGGACACCACAUCGGAUGGCAGCAGCGAUGAGAACGAGGAUGAGGAAGCCCACUCCCAUGACAGUUCGCCGCAGCAGCAGACACGUCGUCGGCGUGGUGGUCGAACAGCGCGCCAGAAUGCCAGCGAUGAAGACUCCGAAGAGAGCUACAAUCCCAACGAGCGUCGGCGCGGACGUGCCGCUGUUGCCGGCAAUAAGCGCAAAGCCAACAGUCAGCAAGGCCACGGCAAUAAAAGACAUCGAAACGAGCAGGCUGCUCAGCCGGGUGGAAGUCGUGGUGCAGCUGUGGCGCCUACUCGUCGCACACGCCGCUUACUGGGCAGUUCCGAGGAUGAGCAUCUGAUGGUGGCAGCGUCCCAUUCCCAACAGGAUGAUAGCACCCAGGACAGCCAGACGCCGCGAAAGAAAGGUCGGCCGGCUAGAGUUAAGAGCUCCACGACCAUUGGCAAUGGGCCGAGCACUAGUGCCGCUGCUGCAUCAGCUGGCUCCAGCCUCGAGAGUCCCUCCCGAAAUACUCGAGCCAAUGGCGGACGAUCUCACAAUGCAGCCGAAAAUGAUCACAGCUAUCAUCUGCCCGUGCGCAAUGGUCGCAUCGUUGAGUCUGAUACGGAUUCGCAUGGUCCAGUUGGGCGUCCGACCAGGCAAAGCGCCAAACGCGCUCUCAUCGAUUGGGCACACGGCAGUGAUAUGGAAGAGGAGGAUGACGAAGAAAGCGAAGAGGCUGAAGAAAUUCUACCCACGCCCACAAAGGAUGACAUGCCAUCGACGAGUCGAGCGGCUCUCAGUCAAGCGAGCAGCGCGGCAGUAUCAUCCCGGCAGCUGCGUACAAAUCGCAAUACGGUUGUGACAGCAGCUGCUGACAGCGAGGACGAUGACGAUGAUAGCGAUAAUGAACCGUUGGCCAACAACCAGCAAAAAACUGUGCCUCCUAAAUCCAGCACAGUAGCUCCUCACCCGUUGGCGUUGCGACGCCGUCUACCCUCGGUGCCACGUAGCACGCAUAUGACGCGCUCGCAUGCCACGUCCACAACUAGCAGCUCUAGCCAACAGGAGCCGGCUAUGGCCGCACAUGAUCAUAACUAUCUGGGCAGUGAGUCGACGGCGGCAUCGCGUGCUCCUCGUCGUAUGUUGUCGCGUCACCAGCGCAAUGCUGAUGAGCUGGACACAAGUCUCGAUCCGCUCAACACCCCUCGCCUGCUUUCUGUUAUGUCAAAUCCCAAUUCCAGACGCCCCAUCCCCACAACGAAUAAUGUUACGACUCGCAGAUUGCGUGCUCGCUACAGUCAGGAGCAGUCGCAGGGUGAGGAGGAAGAAGAAGAGCAGGCAGUGGAACCGCCAGAUGAGGAGGAAGCCGCUGCCUCCGAUGAGGGCACUGAUGGCGGCUCCAGUUCACAGGUCAGCAACGACGACGGCGACGAUGAUGAUGCGGAAGCAACUGCCACAGACUCUGAAGACAAUCAGCCCCUAACCAGUUAUGUAGCGCCCAAUAAUGGACGUACACGCCGUAAAACCAAAACCUCGUCCUCAUCCGCAGCAACCGGCGCCAGACAGGGACGCGAACAGCGCCAAGCGCGACACGGUCGUGCACAAUCUGAUCAAUCCUUGAUGAACGAUGACGACGAUGACGAUUAUGAGGCUCCGCGCGAUCGAUCGAAUCGCCUGCGUAGCAAUCAUCGCAGCGGUCGCAAUCAUCGCAGCGGACGCAACCAGAAGCGCCCGCGCUACAAUGAACAAUCCGAUGAGGAAGAUCAGCAGCAGGAGAACAAUAUGCGCAAGCGUAUGCGCAAUGGAGAUGUUCAUGCGGCGACCAGUAACACCAGCUCACAGGAGCGCGAGGAGCAGCCGCGCGCGGUCGAAGAUGGCGAAAGCAGCGAGGCGGACAGUGAUGAGCAACUGGUCAGCGUCAGCAGUCGGGGACGUGUGCGCAAAAUAUCAGCAAAGGCGCGAGGCAUAUUUAAGGAUUGAAAUUGGGCGCCCGGAAGCGCUGCGCUCAAGACUGUUUUAUGUAAAAAUUAAUUAUAAUCGAAUGAGCAAAUAACAUGUUCUAUCAUUUGCAUCAUAUUAUUGAUUAAUGUGUAAGAGUCAUUCAUUGUCAUUGAAAUACGUCAGGUGUCGCUGUGCUGCAUCGCCAACCACGCCCAAUAAUACGCCCACAAACACAGUCACCCCCCCACUCCCACUCCCAAAACUAUUCUUAAAGAAAUUAUGUUCUCAUUCUUAAACCAUAUUCAUUAUUUAACACCAAUCCCAAACCAUUCAUUCAUUUUCAUUGUUCCAAAUGUAAGUUAUGAUGUGGCACGCUCUCCAGACUUCGCUACUACAUUUCUAUAUGUAGCUGCGCCCUGUGGGAGUGGCCGCACACAGUUUGUAUGUAUUUUUAUAUAUAUAAUAUACAUAUGUUUAAAACAAAAGUAGGCGUCCAAGAAUCACACACACUUCAUUUAAAAUAGAUGUUAGAAUAAAGUAUCAACAAAAACUUUAA